AACUGCAACAUGGAAAGCUGAAUGCGGGGAGAGGCUGGGAUAGAUAGGAGGCGGUCCCUGAUCUGCCUGUCAACAGCACAACGAAUGGAGUUAGCAGAUGAGGAGACAGAAGUGAAGAUCCUCUUGUUCCUUUCCUUCCAUAUCAAGUAGACGGCUGACUGGAACAUGAGCUUUAUGAUACACCUAGCCUGAGGUGAAGAAGAAUUCCUGGCCAUACAAAUCCAAGCCGCAGCAGAAUGAAUGUCCUGAGGUGGGUUAGGCCAGACUGUUUCUGCAAAGAAAGUCCAAAUGCUUGCUGAAAAUUGGCACUCAAAGAAGAGAUGAUGGUAGGUUUCUACGGCAGCAGAGUAGAGGACACACUGCUCCGGGACCUUAAGACCCCAACUUCUUAGCCUAUCUCGUGUUGGGAGCCUACGGCUAAGCGCCAGCCAGGAGAUGAAAGAAUUUCGAGGAAUAUACUCCUUAAACCAAAUGGCUUUGUGCCAAGAUUCCACCGGAGAGAGGACUCUAAUACACUCCCAAAUGACCUUGGAAGAGAAGGAGGAACCAAAGGUCCCAUUUGCUUGAAUCCUACCAAAAAAAACAUAUAGGUAUUAAAUAGCAUUUCAAAACUUAAAUACAUAUCAGCUUUACAAAUUUAGUACAUAAACACAGUUUUAAAUCGCGACACCAUUUGUUAUAAAUUUUUUUCUAUUGUACAGACCUUCAGUUGAUUUUGUUCAGCCAGCCGAUAAAAAAAUAGAAUAUAUUUUAUGCAUAUGCACCACUAUAUAUAUUUUCUAUUUUAGACGAUUUAGAACUUACAAUUUAAUGCAAAUGCACUACUUAAAGGAUCUUUUUGAAAGUCCUGAUAUUACAUGCGCAGAGAAGGAAACAGACAAAAAAACUCUAUUGUAAAAAAUUACAAUUAUCAAAGGAUCUAAAUUUAUUUGACAUGACUAGAACUUAAUGGUAAGCAUGAUAUGCAGAAAAAAUAGCCAAAAUAAUUAAAUCAAAAACUCAAUAAUGGAAACUAUACAUAAAUAAUAAAAUAAAACCCCUCGGCAAUGGAGUGUUUUAUUUUAUAAUAAAUAUCAGAGAAAAUCGCCUAAAUUCCCGAUUAGUUGAGGUAUCCGACCUUCUACCGUAGUUGUCAGUCAACUGAUAAGAUCAGUAAGAUCGAUCUUGCAUUGGAUUUGGAUGUGUAAUCAGUUUUAAAAUGAUUGAAUACCUGUGAUUUCCCUUGAACAAUUGUGCAUUUUUUACGGAAUUGUGAUGAUUUAAUGUUUAAAAUGUGCACCGUUUAAGCAAGGAUAAUAAAAAAUAAAUGUGCAUUUCUCAUUUGAUAGUUUUUAAUCAAAUAAGCUGAAUCAAAGUCAACGUUUUCAAGACACGUGAAAAAAUGGCUUUCACGUCAUUAUCAUGAUCUCUAUAUAUGUAUAAACACUAUCUUCUUAUAUAUUAAGUAUUGUCCUUCGAGUUUCUAUGCUGCAGAGAUGGGAAAGUCAAAAGCACUCUAUACAUUUUCGUUCUUAGCUGUAUAUUUUUCUUUCUGCACAAUAACACCAACUUCUUCAACCUCUCUACAAGAUGACUUCAUCAACUGUCUACACGAAAACACAAAUGUCGAUUUUCCACUCCUCGAAACGUUCUUUUCACCUGAAAGAAACGUCUCGAUCUACAAAGAAGUCCUUCAAUCAACAGCUCAUAAUCUUCGGUACGUGACAGAGUCCAUGCCUAAACCGGGAUUCAUAUUUAAACCGGUUCACGAGUCUCACGUCCAAGCUUCCGUCAUAUGUUCCAAUCAACUUGGACUUCAUCACCGUGUUAGAAGCGGCGGCCACGACUAUGAGGGUUUGUCUUUUGUUUCACUGAUGGAAACACCGUUUAUCUUGAUCGAUCUGUCGAAACUACGGCAGAUCAAUGUUGAUAUUGAAGAUAAUAGUGCGUGGGUUCAGUCUGGUGCUACAAUUGGUGAACUCUACUACAGAAUUGCAGAGAAGAGCAAGCUCCAUGGGUUCCCAGCAGGGUUGUGCUCAACCGUAGGCAUAGGUGGGCAUAUAACAGGCGGUGGGGACGGCACCUUGUUAAGGAAGUAUGGUCUUGCUGCAGAUAACGUUCUAGACGCAAAGAUCGUUAAUGCAGAUGGUAAAUUACUUAACAGAGCUGCGAUGGGAGAGGAUUUGUUUUGGGCGAUUAGAGGAGGAGGUGGAGGGAGUUUUGGGGUAAUUCUAGCAUGGAAGCUCAAGCUUGUUCCCGUUCCUGAAACCCUAACCAUGUUCACCGUUACUAAAACAUUAGAACAAGACCCAGAAACCAAGAUUCUUUCAAAGUGGCAAAGAAUUGCCGACAAGCUCGUUGAUGAUCUCUUCUUACGAGUGAUGUUCAGAGUUGCGGGGGACAAGACACUGACAUUAGAAUAUAAAGGUCAGUUUCUUGGCGAGAAAGGCACCUUGAUGGAGGUUAUGAAGAAGUAUUUUCCGGAACUAGGGCUAACUCAAGAGGAUUGUAUAGAAGUGACCUGGAUUGAAUCCGUUCUUGCCAAUGCUGGAUUCCCAAUAGAUUCUCCUCUCGAAGUUUUGCUUAACCCCAAGUUGUCUCCGUAUGUAAAAGUGUACUUCAAAGGAAAGUCAGAUUUCGCUACAGAACCUAUUCCGCCUUUUGGUCUCAAAGGAAUGUUCAAGAAAUUGGUUGAAGAAAACACAUCAUCUAUGUUUAUGAUUCCCUACGGUGGAAUGAUGGCAAAGAUUCCUGAAUCUGAGACCCCAUUUGCGCAUAGAAAGGGAACCAUCUUAAAGAUUCAUUAUGCCACGAACUCGACGUCAGAGGACGGCAUAAGUUUAAACAAACGAACGAAAUGGAUCAGAGAAAUGUACAGUUACAUGACACCAUAUGUCUCAAGCAAUCCGAGGCUAGCAUACGUGAAUUAUCGUGAUCUAGACUUGGGAACGAAUACGAAAGACUCGAAAGCUAACUUCAUAAAAGCUCAAACGUGGGGAGCCCAGUACUUCAAGAACAAUUUCAACAGACUGGUGAAAAUUAAAACAAAGGUUGACCCAGAGAACUUCUUCAGGCACGAGCAGAGUAUCCCGUCGCUACCCUUCUCCAAGAGGCUACGUUCAUGGUAACGACAACAAUGUCAAAAAUAUGAAUAAAUGUUCUUUUGCAACUAGCAUAAGAAAAGAAAUCAAACCAUCUAUACUAUUAAAACAGAAAAGUUCUUUUUUUUUAAAGUGUUUUUCUGUUUCAACAAUAUUUACAAGACUCUGCUAUUGGAAUAUUUUUAAACUAUGA